UCACAUUCUUAAGAAGAUGCCCACCCCUGCUUGGGGCUUGAGACUCCAGAGACCCAUGCAGGUGUGGGCCACUGCGUCUGGCCCUUUUUCACCUGGCAGCAGUGGUGGAAUGGGGGUUAGGCAGCCAGCCAGCAUCUGGGAGCCCAGCGGGAGAGGUUCAGGUGUUCUCUGAGGUUCUCAGGUGCAGUGUAACCUUUAGACGAUUUUGUCUCACAGUAUGGAGAUGAUGGAGGAAGAGGAUACUUUACAGGAGCGAGAGGACAUCAUUCUCAAGUAUGAGAAGGGACACCGAGCUGGGCUGCCAGCGGACAUGGAGCCUGAGCCUGUGGAAAUCCACAACCGCACGGAUCGAUUUGGGAUUGUGCAUGAGACGGAGCUGCCCCCUGUCAGUUCCCGGGAGGCCAAGCAAAUGCGGCAGGAGCUGAGGCGAAAACUAAAGUGGACACAAAUGCUGGGAGAAUGGGAGAAAUACAAGAACAGCGAAAAACUGGUUCACCGUGUUUACAAGGGCAUUCCCAUGAAUAUCCGGGGCCAGGUGUGGUCAGUCCUCCUGAACAUUGAUGAUAUCAAGGGGAAAAACCCCAGGAAAUACCAGCUCAUGAAGGAGAAGGGGAAGAGGUCCUGUCAACAGGUGCGCCAGAUCGACCUGGACGUGAGGAACACACUGAAAAGACACAUUCUUUUCCGCGAGCGAUAUGGCAUCAAGUAAGCCCACGCGAGCCACAGGCCCCAGCAGACACAGGGUAAACCAGAGGGAUGGGGACUUCCCAGGAGCAGAAGCCAGGAUCACCCAG